AUGUCAUCACCAGAGUCCAUCACCGCGCCCUCCCCCGACGCAGAAGGCUCCCCCGCCUCCCCCGAGAGGCCCACAGGCAACAAGUACGACCAGAUGUUCGGCUCCGACGACGAGUCCACGCACGCGCCCAACGACGACGACGACGACGACAACGAGGACGACGCCGACGCCGGCAAGCGCGCCCGCAGGGUCGGCACCAAUGGCGACGGCGCUGCGGACGAGGACGCCGAGGGCGAGGAGGAGAACGAUGAUAAGGACCUCUUUGGCGACGACAGUGACGAGGAGGCUCCCACCAAGCCGAAGGAGCUUAGUGAUAAUGAGCUGGAGGGCACGCCCGAGCUGGACGAGCAGGAUAAUGAGCCCGAGAGAGAGUACAGGAGCAUUGAUGUUUCUCUGCCCCGGCACCCCGUGCCAAACCCGGGGAAUGACGAUCUCUACCUCCUCCGCGUCCCCUCCCUCAUCGCCAUCCAGCCCCAAAUCUUCUACCCCGAGAACUUCACACUCAAAAACCUCACCACCACCGACACCAUGACCUCCCCCUACACCGCCGCCACCACCACCAUCCGCGUCCGCAAAUCCCCCAUCGACCCCAACACCCUCCAAUCCAACGCCCGCAUCAUCAAAUGGUCCGACGGCUCCCUCUCCCUCCAAAUCGCCUCCUCCCCAAACCUCUACGACCUCACCUCAAAGCCCCUCGCCCCCUCCCACAAAACUCCAGAAAAAUACGACCCCGCACAAGACUCCCACACCUACCUCCUCACGCCCCACGAGUCCGCAGGAAUGCUCCGCUUCCUCGGCCACGCAACACACUCCCUCAACGUCCUCCCCACAGGCGCCUCCCAGGCAAACGCAGAGGCCGUAAACCGCCUGCACGAGCAGCUCUCCGCCGCACAGGCCGCGCGCGGCGGCCGCCGCGCAGGCCACGCCGCAAUAGAGAUCACAGACAUGCGCGACCCCGAGGCGGAGCGGAAGGAGGCCGAGCGCAUCUCGCGCGAUAAGGAGCGCGCCGCCAAGAAGCUUGAGAACCAGCAGCGGCGGCAGCGCGGCGGGGCUGGCGGCAGCGGUGGUGGCAGCGGCGGCGGUGGCGCGGACGGGGGGCGCAGUGGGGGGAAGUUUGCCUCCCGCUCGACGGGUACGAGGAGUAAGCGGGAUUCGCCCCCGAUUAAUGUGGGCGCGAGGAAGUCGAAUCAGGACGAGUAUGAUUUGGAGGAUGACUUUGUGCAGGGGAGUGAUGAUGAGGAGGUUGUGGAGAGCUCGGAGGAGGAUGAGAGUGAUGAUGGCGGGAGGAGGAGGAAGGGUGUUGCGGCCGGGGGGGCGAAGAAGAGACGGGAGGAGGUGGUGGAGGAGGAGGAGGAGGAGGAGGAUGAGGCGGAGUUUACGGAUGAGGACAGGGCGGGGAGGAGUAGGGGGGUGGCAGGGCGGGGAAGAGGAGGAGGGUUGUGGAUGAUGAUGAUGAGGAUGAUGAGUAGGGAGAGAGAGGGUAGGGCGGGUGUCUGA